AAGCGUUGAGCCUCAUGCGAUGUCAGACCUCGGUAGUCUGUCUUUGACAGGCUGCGCUAUUUCAUAUACUAAUAACAGACUUCUCAAGAUUUUGAUAUCCACCGUCCUCUCGGUUGUUGAGGCUCAGCUUGCGGCAACCACGCCACCGCAGAAGUCUAAGUUACUACUCUUUUUCUAGUAUUGGAGAAGCCGCUAUCUAGUGAACCUGGAAGAAACCUGAGGAUCUGGCUAUGGUAGAACCGUUGGCCAGGAUACUUAACCGUGUGCCCUUGUAAAGUUAGCUUUUUAUCUUUAUUUGCCUACAUUAUCGUUACAUUGAUAAAUUGGUCCCUACCUUAAAUGUGCUAAGCUAACUGAAGACGCAAGGCUAGCCAAGGAUUCUACCUAAGAUUUUUGUGCAUAUUACUAAAAGUAAACUAUCCAAAGUUACAAUGAAAAGUGAUUCUAGGCUUUUGGUUGUUCCUCUGUAACUAAACACUUUGCAAUCCCAAUGAAAUGUGUGUGUAUUACGAGACGGCAGUAGGGCGCUUCUGAGCAGUGUGGCGGUAAAAUGUACCACUCUGGCAACCCGCUUCUUGCUUUUUCAUUGGAUAUGUUUUAGCUAACUAAGAAACAACAUGGCGGCCAUGCCUGAGGAGCAGCACGCGAAUAGCUAUUUUGUUAGAGAAAUCGAGAAAAGAGACGGUUCAGUCCUAAAAAUGUACCAGUGCAGUAAAGGCGACGUAGGCUGUGUAGUUUGGGACGCGGCUAUUGUCCUCUCAAAAUACCUGGAAACGGAGCAGUUCUGUAGUUCGCAGACAUGGUCCUCUAAAAAGGCUGUGGAGCUGGGGGCAGGCACUGGAGUGGUGGGCAUUAUGGCAGCUUCUCUCGGAGCAAAUGUCACAGUAACAGAUUUGGAGGACCUGCUGCCUCUUCUUGAACUGAACAUCCGGGAAAAUCAAAACCUCAUCAGCACAGGCUCAAUUACAGCCAAGGUACUAAAAUGGGGUGAAGAUGUGACUGACUUUCUCCCACAUCCAGAUUAUAUUCUAAUGGCGGACUGCAUCUAUUAUGAGCAGUCUGUGCAGCCACUGGUAGAGACUCUGAAGGCCCUCUCUGGACCUGAGACCUGUAUCAUCUGCUGCUAUGAGCAGCGCACUGUUGGAGUGAAUCCUGAGGUGGAGAGGAGAUUUUUUGAGCUACUGCUGCAAGAUUUUGAGUCUGAGAAGGUUCCAGCUGAAAGACAAGAUCCCGAGUUCAACAGCCCAGACAUCCACAUCCUCCGUCUCCGGCACAGACCUAGUUGAAUGGUUGCAUGCGUGUGAGUGUGUGAGCGACACAUCAAGUGUAUGCAGAAACUGCAUGCCUGUGUGUAUUAUGUCAGUGUUCAAGAGGGUGAGUGGUUCGAGAAUCGUGAUCUCAUGACCUAAAUGGCUCUGUGUGUAAGUCUAAACUAUAGAUGGUAUUUUGAAAUAAAGAUUUCAGUUUAAAA